ACCUGAUUCACUUUUGAUAUCGAUUGGACUCCUUGAGCUAAGCCACUCAAGGUCGCCAAAUCGACAAGGUGGUAAUUAAUUCCUACAUCUACUGAUGUGUUGACGUAGUAGUCGAGGUACUCCAUUAUGAACUUCUGGACACCAAGAUUUCAUUGAUUUAUUUCGUAAUCCUGACUAAAUAAUGUGGUCUCUGGGAGAUGUUUGCAUUUAUCAGCAUGAAAACAAAGUUUAUGAUUUAUUUGUUAUUGAGGAAAUCAAUUUGGAAAACUCGCUUGUUACUGUUCGUUCAAGCAGUUACACAACUUCAUGUUAUUCCAGUGAUUUGCUAAAUAUAACACCAGAAAACGUUAAAUUAUUAUGUGAAAAUGAUAAAAUCACGUCAACUCUUGACUCAGUGGAUUAUUCGUAUUUUGCUACAAAACUUAACACUUUAUUAAAUCUGCCGCUCUCUAUGAAUACAAUUAGCUUGAAAACUGAAAGCCAAAAGAAUCCUGUCCAAUUAUGGAACAAUGGAGAUAUGUGCAUUUGCACAUGGAGUGAAGAUGAAGCCUAUUACUACGCUAAAAUAUUAACAGCUGAUUAUGAAAAUGAUAUUUUCACAGUAUCAUUUUGUUUUUAUGAGAAUGUCGAACAGAAAUCCUCUAAAGAUCUGCAUUAUAUUAAUUCUGAGUUUGAGGCGUACGUGACAGACAAUAUGAAUAAAUCAUUUGCACUUUCAAUGAAGGAACAGAUCAGUGAUCAAUGUGAACUCGAAGAAGAUCUUGAUAGUAAACGGGACACAUACGAAUCCUCUGUUCAAGAUGAGGACAUAAAAGAAUUAAAUGAAAUUACUUCUCAUUUGCACAAAACUUCACUUAAUCCACUUAUUCCUCGUAAUAAAAAACAGGGAUCAAAAAUUAAAAAUUCGUGUAAACCUGGACUUAAUGAAUUUUCGGUUGAGAAUAUAUCUCAGUCCACAAAACAGAAUCGAUCAUUAGAUUCUUCAAAUAUACAACAACACAUCAGUGAAUUACAAUUACAUCCAUUAUUGCUGAGUUGGUUUAUUUGUGGUUACCAAACUGGGUUUUACGAAGAGUCUCUCGCGUACCACGGGGACAGCAAUUAGCUCACACGGUGAUAUGUAACUGGUGUAUAUAUUGUACAGUACUUGUAGUGUUUUGUUAGUUAAAACGUGUUAGUGUUGCUUCAUGAAUAAAAUGGUUUAAUUUGUC